CAUAUUUCCAUCAGCUCAUUUGUUUUUGUCGUGAAUACUCAAAUAUGACGUUUGUUAGUUUGUAAAAUACUAAUGGAUACAUGUGAUUAUGAUUCAGACUGUUUGCUAGCCCUGGCCACUUAGGAUUCGGAACCAUCGGAUUCGUGAAAAAGAGGGAAUCUAUGACAUGGCAAUCCAAAUAAGAUUAUAAUCCGACGGUUAACGUAGUGCAGUCCGAUGUAACCAUUUUCCCAGCGUCUCUGCCAUUCUGCUUAAUUUAGAUUCACGCGGUAAUGGUGUCAAAUUAACACCAAAGGGAAGAAAACAACUCACAUUGUACAUACUCAAACAGUCACUGAAGGUGAAGGAAGGGCGAAGGACGAAGGUCCCCCCACUCCUCUCCCUCUCUCGCAAGUCGCAUCUCAUCUCCUCCGUCGCCCACCCUUUUAAAUGUUCCCUACAGACAACAUGAGAUCAGAUUCCAAUAGCCCCUCUCCUUUUAAAUGGCCUUAAAUUCUCUGUGAAUUUUCUCAGCCACCCACUAUCCCCUCCCCUCUCUCCCUCUCGGACUCCAGACGAAAGAAUUAAACCACCCGACCACAAAAAGCGCAACAGAAAUCACCAAACACGCAGCAACAACCGAUCGAGAACAAAACAAAUACAGUCAUGGAAGGGAUUAUCUCUUCACCCACGCGUUCAACCUCGCCAUCUUCCUUACUCUUCGUUUGUCAAGAAACCCCACAGAAAACCCUUCAAGAACGACUUCGAUUCCUCGUUCAAAGCCGACCGGAGUGGUGGGUUUACGCCAUUUUCUGGCGGACUUCUAACGACAACAAUGGCCACCUAGUUUUGGCCUGGGCUGAUGGCCUUUUCCGAGGCACCAGAGAUAGAGCCUCCUCAUCUUCUAGAUACAGCAACAGACUUCAAUGUCAACAACAGAAACUAGAGAUUGACUGGGAGCGAAAGAAGGUGAUGAAGGGAAUUCAAGCCCUUAUCAACGACAUCCCAGACAUCGACGCCUCCGUGGAUGGAGAUGUCACCGAUGCCGAGUGGUUCUACAUGGUGUCCAUAACCCGGUCAUUCAACAUCGGCGAUGGACUCCCAGGCAAGGCUAUUAGUUCCGGCUCUCCGGUCUGGCUGACCGGUGCCCAACAGCUUCGGUUUUGCAAUUGUGAGCGUGCUAAAGAAGCUCUGGUGCAUGGAAUCGAGACUUUGGUGUAUAUCCCAAUUUCAUCUGGAGUGCUUGAAUUGGGUUCUUCGGACACUAUUGCAGAGAACUGGGGUCUUGUGCACCAAGCCAAAUCCCUGUUUGGAUCUGAUGUUAUCAGUCCAGUCCCAGUUGCAGUCUCACUCCCAGUCCAGGAACGAAGUCCAAGCCAAGGGGGUUUGAUACCGUUUCUCGAUCGAGAUCUGUCGUUCCCAGAUAUUGGGAUAAUCAAUGGGGAGAGAGGAGAAGGAAUCCACCAAGAGAGACACCGACAAGAAGCGAGGACAAAGAAGAACGGGGAAACCACUACCACUAUUACGAUGACGACGGCUCCAGCACCACCAGCAACACACUCAUCUUCCGUCGAGUCGGAGCAUUUCGACUCCGAUGCCCUUCUCAUCACUUCGGCAGAUAUGGAGAAGAGGAGACCAAAGAAGAGAGGAAGAAAGCCAGGGAAAGGGCGAGACAUGCCGCUGAACCAUGUGGAGGCGGAACGACAGCGUCGAGAGAAGCUCAAUCACCGCUUCUACGCGCUGCGAAGCGUGGUCCCAAACGUGUCGAGGAUGGACAAAGCAUCCUUGCUUGCAGACGCGGUUUCCUACAUCAAUGAGCUCAAGGGAAAAAUAGAAGAUCUGGAGGGGCGACUGGGUUUGGGAAGACACUCUAAGAAAGUGAAGAUGGAAAUGGAUGAUCAUCAAAGCACCAUUACCACCGCUACCACUGUUUUUGACUACGGCCAAACAAGAUCUUCCUCCAUUUAUGGUAGUGGUGGACUUAUAACCUCGAUGGAUGUAGAGGUGAAGAUUCUGGGAACGGACGCAUUGAUCAGGGUCCAAUCGGAAAAUGUGAACUACCCGUCGGCAAGACUCAUGGAUGCACUUCGAGGGCUUAAACUUCAAGUACAUCAUGCAAGUGUGUCCAGUGUCAAGGAAUUGAUGCUUCAGGAUGUUGUAAUUAGACUUCCCGAUGGGGUGAAGAGCGAAGAGGGCUUGAAAACAGCCAUCCUUAGGAGGUUGGAGAAAGAGUAGCAGUAGUAGAUUCUAUCCAUUAACUUACUGCUUACAGCAUCUGUGUUUUCUUUUCCAUCAGCCCUUAUGUUCAUCUUUUCCAACUUCUGUUUCUUCCCCCUUUUCGUGCCUGUUUCUCAUCACUGUAUAUGUAUGGACGUGUAAUAAAUUUAAUAAUAAUUAAUUAAUUGAGAAAAUAGAAAU